AUCGAAGCCGUGUUUUCAUUGGUCAGAAUCUUUCGGAGGUCACCGUUCUCCGAGCUGCCGCCGCCGACCGCCGGACGAAAUCAUGGGGUUCAGCUUUCUUCCUGCGCCGACACGGACGUACGAGGCUCCCGUGGCCCCAAAACCGCGUGCCGAACCCUUGGCACCCGCUCCAUCAGCCCCAGCGCCUUCCGCAGUGAAGAAGUUCCAGGCAACUCCUCGCCCACCUCAACAAAUCCCAGCGUACCCUCACCGCACGAAGAAGCAAUUUUCACCGCGCGAUCCUGAGACCGACUUUGGCGACGGGGGGGCAUACCCUGAGAUUCACAUAUCCCAGUUUCCAUUGGGUCUGGGGAAGAAAGGUGGUGAGGAAUCGAAUGUGUUGGCGCUGCAAGUGAACGAGAGUGGCCGCGCCGCGUACGACGCGAUCGUAAAGAAGAAGAACCAAAUUGUAUACAGCAGCUUCACGGACCUGGUCGAAAAGGAUGUUGAACAAGGGGCAUUGGAGAAGCCGACUGUCGAAGAAGAGCAGGAAGUUGCAGAGAAAACCCGCGCCGCGUUAGAAGCCCUCGUGACCGGAAAGAUUGCUGCUGCGCACCCCGUCAACGUGGACCGGCAAAAGUCGGUCAAGGAAACGUCGACGUACAUUCGAUACACGCCACACGAUCAGGGGUUGAAUGCAGACAGCGAAGUGCCAAAGCAGCGGAUCAUUCGCAUGGUCGAGGCGCCAGUGGACCCGAUGCAGCCAGCAAAAUUCAAGCACAAAAAGGCAGUUCGAGGACCACCUUCACCGCCCGUUCCCGUCAUGCACUCGCCUCCGCGCAAGCUGACAGUGGCAGACCAACAAGCGUGGAAGAUUCCGCCGUGUGUGUCCAACUGGAAGAACGCUAAGGGGUACACGAUCGCGUUGGACAAGCGUCUGGCCGCCGAUGGGCGUGGGCUGAUGAAGGUAACCGUGAACGACCAGUUUGCGUCGUUUGCGGAAGCGUUAGCGAUUGCCGAGCGCAAGGCGCGGGAAGAAGUCAACAUGCGCAUCCAGGUGCAGAAGCGCUUGGACGCCAAGCAAAAAGAGGCGAAGGAGCUUGAAUUGCGUGAAAUCGCAGCCAAGGCCCGGCAAGAGCGCGGCGGUGUCAGCCAUUACGGCGGUGGCCAUGGCUCGGACGGCAGCAGUGACGACGAAGACGAGGAAGGCCGUCGCGAACGCGACAAGAUGCGCUUUGAACGUCGCCGGGAACGCGAGCGCGAAAUGCGUCUCGAGAAUCUCAUGGGGAAGAAAGGCAAACUCGCUCGCGACGAAGACCGUGACGUGUCGGAGAAGAUUGCGCUGGGGCAGCUUCAGGGCGGCGGCAAGCGCAGCGACGCGUCGCUGUUCGACUCGCGCUUGUUCAACCAGUCGCAAGGCAUGGAUAGCGGCUUUGGCGGCGAAGACGACUACAACGUGUACAGCAAGCCCAUGGUAGAUCGAGGCAAGUCGACGGUGUACCGGCCCAAGGUUGACUCGACCAACAUCGACGGCGACCGAGACUACGACGACCUGAAGGCCGGCAGCACGAAGCGAUUCCGCGCCGACAAAGAGUUUCAGGGCACGGACCAUGCGGCAGCGCGCACGGGGCCGGUUCAGUUUACCUAUGACAACCAGACCAACACGGACGAUAAACCGGCCGCAAGGGACCGAUCCGAGUCUCGUCCUCGCCGAAGAAGUCGUUCGAUCGAACGCCGACGGGAUGAUGACCGUCGCCGCCGGUCACGAUCCAACGAUCGGUCGCACAAACGCCCUCGGGACAGCAGCAGAUCGCGCUCCCCUGACUCCCGGCGGCGCCAGCGACGACAUGACGACGGCGAUGAUGACCCCUUUGGCGUCGAUCGCUUCCUCGAUGAUGCCCGCCGUGAAGAUUCUUCCCGCCGUCAGCGCCGUUAGCUGUGGGGAAGGAUGGCGUCCCUCUUGUGAGGGCAUACACUUUCACAACGAAACAAAAAUAUUUCUAUUUCCCGUC